UUUGGGUCCAAAGGCAAAAGGAGAGUGAGAUAGAGAGAGAGAGAGAGAGAGAGAGAGAGUCUCAUUGUGGCCACUUUAUUCUCUCCUAAAUGGAGUGCUUUGUUUGCUGUACCCUGUAGCCUGUACCCUGUGAGAUGGUGGUUUAGAAGGGCAGAGAGACGGUGCCCUGCCUUGCAUUCUUCCUGGUGGCUGCUUCACAUUGUCUUGCUUCUCUUCUAAAUCAGAGGUGCUUCUGAGCUUCUGCACCGAGGUUUUGGAUUCCAUCUGCGUUUCCAAGCUCCUUUGCCUCAAGACCAAGUUUUUAGAUUCAAACCUUCUGAGGAAGGGCAACAAUCCUUUUUUCCCUCUCUCUCUCUCUCUCUCUCUCUCUCUCUCUCCUAUGGAUUUGAGUGGCUGGUUGUGUUCUUGAUCCAUUGUUCUUGUUGGGUGUACGGAGCCCACGAUUAAUGCGGUAGAUCGCAAGACAUCUCUGAUUCUAGGCCUAACCCUGGACUUCUCAUCCUUCUCCUUGAAACAAGUUUGAUACCAGUGUUUUGGGUUUCUUUCCCUUUGGUCCUCUUCGGCAGCACCAAGAGGGGGGAAAAGUAAGUAUUUUGCUGCGGGGUUUUGUUGUUCUCCCCAUUUUGCCACCGCAAGAUCCAGAUUCCUGCAGCGCCUUCGGAGGGACUGGGCAGCUACCUUGUUGUGGCUGUAUGCAGAAGUGCUGGAAAGAUGAGAGAUGAGAAUCCGAAGAAAAGCAAGCUGUCUUGGCCCAAGACCCUUGUUAAAAGAUGGUUCAACAUCAAGAGCAAAAGUCAGGAGAGUCAUUCAAAUGAUGCUUAUGGCAAAGGACGGAGCGGGCGAUGGAGGGCCAACCUAUCUGAGAAGGUGGCAUGUACAGUCAAGAAAGGCAGAACAGAUGUAUCAUCCAAGAAGGACAUCGAACAAGUUCAGCGAGCAAGAUUCGAUCUUCAUUCAGCUCGAAUAACAGAUGUUCAGGACUACAAGAUCUUUGCUGCGACCUGGAAUGUGGGUGGGAGACCCCCACCAAAAAACUUGAAUCUCUUGGACUGGAUUCAUGCUUCUUCUCCUGCAGAUAUAUAUGUUUUGGGGUUUCAAGAGAUUGUUCCACUUAACGCUGGAAAUGUUCUUGGCACAGAAGACAAUGGUCCAGCUAAAAAAUGGUUGUGGCUUAUUAGAAAGACCCUGAACAGUCCCGACACCUGUGGCUCUGAUAGCUACCACACACCAUCUCCUGUUCCAGAUCCUAUUUUGGAGUUAAAUGCUGAUUUUGAGAGGUCCACAACAAGGCAGAAGAAUUCAGCAUUCCUCCACAGGCGUUCCUUUCAUUCUCUUAGUCGUAGUUUAAGAAUUGAUGGGGAUACCAUGGUGCCUCAACCGAUGCUGGAUCGCCGAUUCAGCGUUUGUGACAGGGUCAGCUUUGGGAGUAGACCAAGUGACUUUGAUUCCAACUUUAGAUUUGAAGGAUCAUCUGAUGAUGAGAACAUCGGGGAGGAGUCACCUACUACCAUCUUUUUCUCACCGUUUACAUAUGGCUAUGGAGCUCCCACAUAUGUUGAAGAAAGGGAUAGAUUAUCUGCAAAUUCUAGGUAUUGCUUGGCUGCAAGCAAGCAGAUGGUUGGAAUAUUUCUUACGAUCUGGGUGCGCAGUGAUAUUAGAGAUGAUGUGCGAAACUUGAAGGUUUCCUGUGUUGGCCGGGGAUUAAUGGGUUAUCUUGGGAACAAGGGUUCUAUAUCAAUCAGCAUGUUGCUGCACCAAACAAGCUUCUGCUUCAUCUGUAGUCAUUUGACCUCAGGGCAGAAAGAGGGGGAUGAACUACGGAGAAACUCAGAUGUAAUGGAGAUUCUAAAGAAGACUAGAUUUCCGCGAGUGCAGAAAGGUGGCAAUGAGAAGUCACCUGAAAUGAUUCUUGAUCACGAUCGCAUAAUAUGGCUUGGUGAUUUGAAUUACCGCAUUGCUCUUUCAUAUCGGUCAGUGAAGACUCUAGUGGAAAUGCGCAACUGGAGAGCAUUGUUGGAAAAGGAUCAGCUCCGAAUAGAGCAACGAUGUGGCCGUGUAUUAGUGGGAUGGAAAGAAGGAAGGAUAUAUUUUCCUCCCACUUAUAAAUACUCAAACAACUCAGAUCGUUAUGCAGGAGAUGACAUGAAUCCUAAAGAGAAGCGACGAACACCUGCAUGGUGUGACCGCAUAUUAUGGUAUGGGAGAGGCCUUAAUCAGUUGUCUUAUGUUCGAGGGGAGUCGAGGUUCUCUGACCACAGACCUGUAUACAGCAUUUUCACAGCAGAGGUUGAAAUGAUCAACCAUAGUCUAUUCAGGAAGAACAUGGGUUAUUUUAGCUCUCGUGUAGAGGUGGAAGAACUCUUACCACACUCGCGUGGUUACACAGGACUAAACUACUACUAACAUGGAUAAACAUGCAAAAAAAAAAACCAAAAGACUUUCAGCAUCAUUUUCAACUAAAAAUAUGAUCUUCAACAACCUCUACAGAUCAGGGUGCAGUUCUUCCGAUCAAGCAAGCCAAAGAGAGCAGCACAUUUCUUGGAAACUAAACCUGAAGUGGGAAAAGAAACACUGCAGUUUUGAUGCUGAUAAAUUUCUAGUCAAGAAAGAAGAUUGAGAGUUCCAUUCCAGAAUAAGUCAGUCACUAACAACAUCUAUUAACCAGCUUGUUUCACCCUUGCAAACCUAAGCAGUCUCCCUAGCAGACAGUUGAUAGUUCUCAGUAGAACAAGAAUACUCCAGAAAUAAAGAAAACAGAAUGAACCAACAAGAAGAGGGGACUCUUGCGGCACCACUGAUCUGAAGCUGCCAAGUGGGAGUGAUUUAUUUCCCUUUUUAUUUUAGUUUUUACAUGACUUUAUUCUUCUGAAAAUGAAGGUUUUUUUCCUUUUGAUUUUUGUAGAGUGAGAAGUAAAGGUGAAUUACAGACAAAUAAUCAUUAUGUGCAUAGUUUCUUUUCUGUUAUAAAUGUUGACAAGGAUGGAUGAGUUCUGGGUUCA